AUCUAGCUCUGCAAACAGUUUGAACCCCGACACCACUCUCUAGCCCGUACUAACGAUGAUGCGAAUAGACGUCACUGUCACGCCACCAAUCCCAAUCGGUCGGCGGAUCAGAUAGCCUCCGUCUUAAUCGCUCAAGAGAGCGGGUGAAGAGUACAAUGUCAACGCGGCCAGGUCCGUCAGGUGCGGUCCUGUCCUCGUUCCUCCGCCGCACGCUGCCCGUUCUGCCGCUGCACGCGCGCCCGGCCAACUGGCGCGUGUGGCUCUGGCAGAUGCUCUGCGGGGGCAGGCACGGGGCCGCGCUGGCGGCCGUCGCCACGGCGGGCAGCCUCCUCAAGGCCGCGCUCGACUCGCCCGACCUGGACAAGCGCUGCCUCGCCCUCAUGGACGUCGCCCUCAUGCUUGGCACCAUGAUCUACCAGGUGACGUUCACGUCGCGCCGCGCGCAGACCCGGCGCAUGCUGGAGGACCUGGUGGUGCUGGCCGAGGAGCUGGAGGCGGACGCGACUGAGGACGACCUCCAAGACCUGCGCGCGACGGUGCGCGGCAUGCGGGCCGUCCGCAACGUGACGGCCUUCUUUGUCGUCACCAUCCCCUCCAUCAUGAUCAUGGGCCCGGUGCUGACGGGCGAGCUCGCCAUGUCGUUCUACCCCAAGCCGCAGGGCGUGCUCUGGUACCUGGUGUGCCUCACCCAGGACGUGGCCACCGUCACCUGCCCGCUGUGCGUCAACGCCAUCGUGUUCACGCUGCUGCUCGUGUCCUCCGGCGCCGCCUCGCUCGCCAGGACCAUCAGCCGGCGCAUGCAGACCUGCAGCGGCGAGCAGGCGGUGCUGCGCAUGGCGCGAGCGCACCACCUGCUGAUGGACCUGGGCGACCGCAUGGCGACCACGUACUACCUCACCCUGUUCGUGCUCAUCUCCGGGCUGCUCGCCACGUCGCUGCUCGCCACCUUCAACGUGGCCACGGGCUCCUUCGAGACGUACACGGCGUUACUCGUGCCAGCCCCGCUCCUCUUCUACUACAACAUCGCCACCAUCAGCGACAACCUAGCCACGUCCACACUGGGCGUGAGCGAGGGCGUGUGGGGCAGCCCGUGGACCGAGGAGUCUGUGCCGGUGCGCAGGGUCAUCCUCAACAUGAUGACUCGAGCGCAGAAGGCUUGCUCGGUGCGCGUCCCACUCUUGGGGGGAGUGACGCUCCCCGUGUUCAAAGACUCCAUGCGCCAGUGGUACUCGUUCUUGCAGAUGAUCCGCAGCGUCAACGGCUAGAUAGA